AUGCUGCUUUCAAUCUCCUUAAUGCUGAGGAGAUUCCUGCAGCCGCUACAGGAAGAUAAUGCUUUAACAGGGAACCUUGGUGCUGCCAGUGACAACUCUCUUCAGCCUACCACACCAUCUCAACCCAAGGCCACUGAGAGGCUUCCAGACCUCAACCAGAAGGUUCUACACAUCUCGCAUUCACUCUCCAGAAUCGCAGUACUGGAGGAAGAAGGCCAUCUGCAAUGGGAAGAGUCAAGGACUGCAUGUAGCUCCAACAUCUCAGCAGAGCGGGGAGGCUACUGUUCCUCCCAUCCGGAAGCUACUGCAUCCCAUCCGCAACAAGAGGGAUCAAACCUGUGUGGUGAAAGACAUCUACCUCCAUUUCACCAAGCCAUUGAAGGCAGUCCAUGGAGCCAAAAUAGUCGCCAAGAUGCCACUGCCUCCCAUUAGAGCCAGAGUGCCAAACAAUGAUGCCAAGAAGGAGCCAUUCCAGCCAGUCAGACCAGAGGGCAGCCCUCGUCCUGCUGCUUCAAAGUUCAGAAGGCAGGUUGUGAAGAAACACAUUCAGUUCAAGACCCUAACUGUACAGGAUCUAUCACCAUGCCCCGAUGAGAUGGUAUGGGUUGUCUUCAAUUCGGAGGCUGAGCAGGUGAUGGCAUAUCUGAAGGCCAAGCUGAUCAGUGUCACCCAGGAAUUAAACCUGAUCAAGGGUGUGGCCAAGAUGGAUGCUCAGGCUUUGGAGGAGAAAAAUGCAAAGGAACAAGGUGAAGAAGUACAUCUGGGAGAUCUGCCUGAUGAAGGUGGAUACUGACCUAUGGGAGAUGAUGAGAUAAUGAAGAGGAGGAAGAAAGGAGGAAAGAGGUGAUGAAAAACGGAGGAGAAGAGGGCAGUGUGGCAAGUAAGCCAAAGCAGACAGCAGCCAAGAGAUACGUGAGCAGGGACAGGGUCCAAGUCAAGAAGAGUGUGAAUGAGGAGGAUGAGAAAAAGAAGAACGGAGAGGUAAAUUAGUCUACUGCUGAUCUAGUUCAGUGUUGUGAUCAUGUUUAGGCUUAUUUGUAUUACAUACUGUAUGUUGUAUAGUUUGCCCAUCUGAUAACGAGGAGGACCACAAUGGAAAUAAGUCUGUUGACUUUGUGUUUUUAUCCUUGAGCAUUUUAAUGUGUGUAGUGUUGUAUUCACAAUGGCUGAAGCAACUCAAUGUGGCCUAUUUUAAAUUUGUCACAUAAAUAAACAAAUUCAUUCCUUCAUUCAGGUGGUAACAAAACAUAGAUUUGAAGCCGUGUGAGCACUGCGGCCGGUGCUUUGAUCCUAGCCGCCUGGAGAAACACAGCAAGAUCUGUGCCAAGCUCUCCUCCAAGAGCUCUAGACGGGGGGUCUAUGAAUCCACCAAGCACCGGCUCAAGGGCACUGAACUGGCCGGCUACGUGAAGCGAUCUGUGGUGUGAUGUACCAAGGGACCUGGGUCUGUCUGGAAAUUACCACUCUUUUUGAUUGAACAGAGAGACAGGACAGACAGAUAGACAGACAGACAGAAAGGAGGAGGAGAUAGACAGGACAGAGAGGAAGAGCAGUGGGGCUGGGAUUCGAGAACACGCCAAAACAGACAUAGAUGUGCUGUGGGCAUCGGCGGUGACUGCUAUAGACCAAUGUCAGACCAACUGCUAGACCACCUGUUAUUCAAAAGAUGA